AUGUGCUUUAAGGCUCUCUGUACUUCCUGCCGAUGGCUGAAGGAGGGAAGAGAGUCCCGAAAGCUGGUGUUGGUAGUGGUAUUUGUGGCGUUACUUCUGGAUAACAUGUUACUGACUGUGGUGGUGCCCAUCGUACCUACCUUCCUUUAUGCAACUGAAUUCAAAGGUGCUGGUGUAGCUGAGACCUUGCCCUUUGGCAGCAGCACCCCAGGGAUUCUUCACAAUUCGGACUUUUCUUCUAUCUUCUCCUACUUUGAUAAUACAACAAUGGUGGCUGAAGGAAGCAAUCACUCAGAAAAGGAAUGGAUGAAUGGUACUUUUGCCACCCUACCUCCACAAGUCACUGGACCCAGCAUGGCACCUAGGAAUAACUGUCUGCAAGGUACUGAAUUCCUGGAGGAAGAGAACCUACGCGUUGGACUUCUGUUUGCCUCAAAGGCUAUAAUGCAGCUUCUGAUCAACCCCUUUGUGGGGCUCCUUACAAACAGGAUUGGCUAUCACAUCCCCAUGUUUGCCGGCUUUGUCAUCAUGUUUCUCUCUACAGUCAUGUUUGCUUUUUCAGGCACUUACACACUUCUCUUCUUGGCCCGAACCCUUCAAGGCAUUGGAUCCUCUUUUUCAUCAGUUGCAGGACUUGGGAUGCUGGCCAGUGUAUACACAGAUGAUUAUGAGAGAGGGAGUGCUAUGGGCAUUGCCCUGGGUGGUCUGGCUUUGGGGGUGUUAGUGGGGGCUCCCUUUGGAAGCCUGAUGUAUGAAUUUGUUGGCAAACCAGCUCCCUUCCUUAUUCUGGCAUUGCUUGCCCUGAUGGAUGGAGCUCUACAACUCUGCAUUCUACAGCCCUCCAAGAUCCGCCCUGAGAGUUCCAAAGGCACUCCAAUCCUAACUCUUCUGAGAGACCCUUACAUCCUGGUGGCUGCAGGUUCCCUCUGCUUUGCCAACAUGGGAGUGGCCAUACUGGAGCCAACACUGCCUAUAUGGAUGAUGCAGACCAUGUGUUCUCCCAAGUGGCAGUUGGGUCUAGCCUUCCUGCCUGCCAGUGUAUCCUAUCUCAUUGGCACCAACCUCUUUGGGGUCUUGGCCAACAAGAUGGGUCGGUGGCUAUGCUCUCUGAUUGGGAUGUUGGUAGUAGGUACCAGUCUGCUCUGUGUUCCUCUUGCUCAGAAUAUUUUUGGUCUCAUUGGCCCCAAUGGAGGACUAGGCUUUGCUAUUGGCAUGGUGGACUCUUCCAUGAUGCCCAUCAUGGGACACCUGGUGGACCUUCGCCACACAUCUGUGUAUGGGAGUGUCUAUGCCAUCGCUGAUGUGGCUUUCUGUAUGGGAUUUGCUAUUGGUCCAUCUACUGGAGGUGCUAUCGUCCAUACUAUUGGUUUUCCCUGGCUUAUGGUCAUCAUUGGAGUCAUCAACAUUGCCUAUGCCCCACUCUGCUACUACCUUCGAAACCCCCCAGCCAAGGAAGAAAAGAUUGCAAUUUUGAACCAGGAAUGUCCAAUGGAUACUAAGAUCCAUGGAAUGCAGAAGUCCCAAAGGGAGUUUCCCCUGAGUGAGGGCAGUGAAGAGGAAGCAGAAAGUGAGGAAUAG